GACACCUUCUCGAGUCGAAUACAGCCAGCGUAAGUUCACCAAACAACACAUUCUGUGUUCUGACCUUAUAACUCUUCACUCCUGUUGAACCCAGCCGCCCAACCAAAAGCUUCUUUCAUCAAUGGCGGAAACUCCCAACAGCUCCCAAACUCUCGCUGAGGAAUACUAUGUGAAGGACAAACAAGAGAAAAAAGAGGUAGCUGAAAAACCAGUUGCUGUCGAAAAACCUGUUGCAGUCGAGGAAGUUGAAAAGCCAAAGGAGGCUACUCCUGUGGAAGCUGUUGUUGAGAAAACUGUAGAAGAAACAAUUCCUGCUGCCCCUGUCGUUGCUGAAGAAAGCAGUGAAGUCACCCCUCCUGCUGCUGAAGAAAACGCUCAAGAGGAAAGUAGUGAAACUGUUGUCGAAGAAAAUUCUGGUGAUCAAGAGGAAGCCGAAGAGAAACCUGAAAUUAAGCUUGAGACUGCUCCAGUAGAUUUCCGUUUCCCAACUACUAAUCAAACAAGGCAUUGCUUUACCCGAUACAUUGAAUAUCAUCGAUGUGUAGCUGCAAAGGGAGAUGAUGCACCAGAAUGCGAUAAGUUUGCUAAGUAUUAUCGUGCUCUUUGCCCUGGCGAAUGGGUUGACAGAUGGAAUGAGCAACGCGAGAAUGGAACAUUUCCUGGCCCGCUGUAAGUGGGAAUAUGUCCGAGAUAGAUGUGCACUUCACUUGCAGUAUUACAUUUAAAAUUGCAAGAGACAAACUUCCAAACACUUCAGGGAAUGUUCAAUGUUACGCAUUUGGUUAAUAAGAAAUUUUGCUUUUGUAUUUAAACCAGCUUGAGUUGUAAAAUUGCAGGAAAUGCUUCUGGUGAAAUGUCCAGAUAUGUGUCUUAUUAUUUACUAGAUUCUUAACAGAGGGAUUGUUGUUGGGUUUUUUAUGCCCCCAAAAUAAUAAAAGUUCCCCAAGUUAAACUGGGGAAUACCUGAA